CUCGCCUCAUAGGAGGAAUUCAGCAUCAUCAAAGUGAUCACACAUCUCCUCUCCCCUGAUACUGGACACAUGGAACCGCUCCGUCCCUCUCCUCUGUGGCUGUAGAUUCACUCAUCUUCUCCUGGAUAUCUGAAGCUGACAUCUUGGUUUUGGAUUUAUUUAUUUCACACUCAGAGGCCCUGUUCUCCGGGCGAUGGCAGCCCUGACAAAGGGAGGCCAUGGCAACUUUCCCCAGAGGAGAGUCGCCCCGUUGCCAGGGGGAGUCGGGUGCAGAGAGCCGCCGACACCAGAGACGGGUCCGCGUCUGGUAACAGCGGCGGAGGAACCGGUCCCAGCGAUGGAGAAUUUCACCAUUUCUGGAUUGGGCCAGUUGGAAAACUGGUCCAGGACAGGAAAAAAUCGAGCAUCUUCUUCUGGGAAACGGGAAACUCAGGCUUACAAAAGUGUCAAAGAUUUACUGAAGACGAUGAGGAUUCAUCCAGAAGCCCAGAGGAUUCUGGGUAAUUCCGCAAUUCCAGUUGUAAAUCUGGAGCGCCUGAACUUCCAGCGUGUGGCGUCAUCAUCUCUGCAGCCUGUGGUGUCUCUGGUCCGACUGCCUCUUCAAGCAGAUGUAGUUCCUCUAAACGGUCCUCAACAGAAUGGGUUCAGUCCAACUCAGGAAGACAUUUUGGAAGUCAACGAAGGUCCAACCCAGUCUGAAGAGUGUCAGGUAGAAACCAUGUCCGCAUGCUGGACUGAACCGUACUGUCCUGACGGUUCACCAUACGGAGAACCAGAGCAAGACUCGGGCUUUGACUGUGAAUCCAACCCUGAUCAGCCUUACAUCCUUCUGGAUUCUGAGUCGGAUGACGGGAGAAGCGAAACGGAAACCUUCUACUUGGACCCAGACGCGGAGCAGGCCGUGGUGAUGGAACUGGACCCGGAGGCGGAGGCGAACCGGGACCUCUGCCUGCAGCUGGAGGACGACCCUGAUGUUAAAUGCGAAGUUGACGUAUUGGAAACGGAGCUCAGUGAAGACGGAGGCACCGACCUCUGUUGCCUGACCAAACUGGAGUCGGAAUCCGGAGCGGGGACUGAACAGACGGAGGAGAGUGAAGAUUUUUGUGCCGUUUGUAUGAACGGCGGAGAGCUGCUGUGCUGUGACCGCUGCCCGAAAGUCUACCACCUGGAUUGUCAUUUACCUUCUCUCAUUAGCUUCCCUGUAGGAGACUGGGUGUGUACGCUGUGUAGAACUGACAAGGACCCUGUGGAGAACACACACCCCUGUGGGGCGGUCAGAGUGCCUUACACACUCUCCGACCAGGACCAGAGAAGGUGUGAGAAGCUGUCUCUCAUGCUGUACUGUCACCCCCUCAGCGUUCCAUUCCACGAUCCCGUCAGUCCACUGGCCCGGAACUACUAUCAGAUCAUCAAGAGGCCCAUUGAUCUGUCAGUGAUCCGAAGGAAACUGGACAAAUGCAACACCCUGCAUUACUUCACAGCGGAGCAGUUUGUCGACGACAUCUUGCUGAUGUUCAAGAACUGCGCUACUUUCAAUUACCCAGACUCGGAGGUGGCCCAGGCCGGCCGGACCCUGGAGGUGGUUUUCCUCAGCAGCCUGAAGGAGGUUUUCCCAGAGCGGACGUUCCCGUCGGCCAGCCAGGACAGGAUGAACAAAGCUCGCAACCGGUGGCUCAGCAGGAAGAGGAGGCAUGUCUUCAGUGGAAGGAAAUUCUACCUAUAGAAUACAUACAUGUCUUCUGUUUUCAUUUAGUUUUCUAACAUUUGUCAGCAAGCUUGAAU